GUCACUCGUCUGUUUGAAUGACAACACGGAGACAUGACAACCAGCAGACACGUGAGCUCUUGAGGACUUCGUUGCUGACAACCAGCAGACACGUGAGCUCUUGAGGACUUCGUUGCCGUACUUUUUUCGCGCUCGCGAGGCUGACGGGAGUUCUCCACCGGAACCCGAGAACGCUACCAUGGCAUCCAACAACAAUGUGCGUGUCAACCCUGGUGAUGCAGGAACUUCGAAACACGAGAGCUUCAGAGACGACGGCGUUGGGCCUCCGCUUUCGCCGCAUUCUUCGAGAGAUAACCAAGCACCUCCACCAUAUCUAGAGUGUAUGCGUGGCGUGGCUACCCUCGGCGAGCAUAGAGCUCGUUGGGUCAUCCCUGUUGAGACGACGGAGUAUACUUAUGGUAGCCAGUUUUCUUCGUCCCGGUGGACAAGACCCGGAGACCCAGAUUCCGACGACAGCACAGCGUCCGUACCACAGUCGGCUGGCGUGGGCCCACUGUUAUCGGCGAACCCCGGUGAAGAGAGCAAGUUUCUGUCGGGCCGCCUGCCGUUGGAGCAAUCCGCGAGACCAUCGGGACUGCGCCAUGGUGAAUACUAUCUGCAGCCCACGCAUGCGACGCAACGACCUGUGUUCGCGGGUGACUCCUGGGAGCAGUUCGUGCUUCACAUGAAUGAAUGGAACCGUCGGAAAGAAAGGUUUAGAGGAAACCAGACCAGAACCGCUGCUUCGGGUGCUGAUUGGUUCACGCGGCCGCUACGUCCACAGCGGCACGUUGAGGCAACAUAUGCCCUCAUUGAGGCCCUUUAUGAUCGGGACACUGCAAUCGAGAACUGCCGCCUCCAACUUGAAGAGGACCGGCUGCGGUUCGAGAUAAAGCGCCAUCAGCAGAAAAUGAAGCUGAAAGAAAUGGAGCUUCAACAGAGGCAGGCGGAGCAGGAGGCAAAAUUCAAGCUCAGGCGGCAGGAGCUAGAGGCGCUAGCUGAGGAGCGUAGGCACAACAGGGCCUAUCAACAAGCGCAGCUUGAAAUCAUAAAGUUAAUAAUAAAUAAGUAGAUGUAUCCGUUUAAACCUCCAUGUAGCUAAGUCCGACAUAACUAAGUACUUAUUCGGGGCCAUGACAAGGUCACCAUCCAUACUGCUGUUCUCAGCUUAAAGUUGUAGAGCGUCUAUUGUGCCUGUAUAUGUAAAAAAACAUAUUAAAAAAAUAAUAUCUAAUUGCUAA